UUUCGAUAUUUCAACUUCCCUCUCUCUCUCCCUCUCUCUCUUUCUUCGUCAUUCUCUCUCUUAACUUCUCUUCUUUCUCUCUCUCGUUGCUUAUCUGAUUCCUUUUGACUAGUGUAACGUCAUGAAGAAGGUUGCAUCGGCAUCAGCCAAGAAGACGGUUACGGAUGAGUGGGUAACCGCAGCGAUGACGGACGACCAGAUGGUCGUAGAGCUUCUUUUGCGGUUGAAGCACGCGGGGACGGUUGCUGCGGAGACUCCGGAGGCGAAUCUGGCUCCUCUGCGGUGGGGAAUCCGUCAACGGAGGUCACGGUCGUCAAGAUUUGGUGGCGUAACGUUGAAGAAGGAUGUGGAUACGGUUAGAGGUAGUCCGAAGACUCCGUUCUCAUGGAGCGGCGGUGGCUCCUCCUCCGGCGAGGACACGAGUGGUCAAGCUAGCUGCUCUACGUCUACAGGUUACGGAUCUAAGGCUUUACCCACAAACGAAAUCACCAGUUUUUUUUCCAAGAGAUUGAAGAACAAAAAGUCAUCUUCUGAGCUUAAACACGAAGAGAACUUGAAGUUGAAGGAAAGACUCCACCUUGAAAAGGAGAUUGCAAGUCUCCGAGUAACGUUCGACCAACAAAACGUAAUGAACCAAAGGUUAAAGAGGAUUAAGCUUGACUUGAACUCAGGUCAUGUCAAGAACGAGACUCCUAUUGAUCUGAUUCGUAAAUCACAAGGCGACUCAAAACCUUGCAGAAUAGAGAGUAGCUCGGAGAGCUCCUUCUUCCUCCCUGAUCUCAACAUAACACCACCCGAGGACGAGAUAUUAUAUGGAACUAGCUAAGUGGCAAGAUUUAUCUGAUUUACAAUCAAGAAGGGAGUCAGAGACUUUAACAGAGAAAGUGAAUGUAUAUUGUCUCUUCCCAUCAUUCUUGUUUUCUAUUCAUUACUUCUUGUUUUUUUUAGAAGAAAGUGAAUGUUAAAGUUCUUUAAUGUUUUGUUUUCUCUCUCUUUUACCCAAUUCAUUGUAGCUAAGGGCAUCUCCAACCCAACUCCAUUUUUUACUCUAAAAUGGAGUAAAAGG